CGGCGGGCGCUGGGUAGGGCGCAGAGCCGGGACUGUGCGGCCGCUCGGCUCGGCUAUUCGGCGGGGCUCCGCGCGCGAAUCCGACCAGCAUGGCGGUGGAAGAAGAGGGACUCCGGGUCUUCCAGAGCGUGAAGAUCAAGAUCGGUGAAGCCAAAAAUCUUCCCACUUACCCGGGGCCAAACAAGAUGAGAGAUUGCUAUUGCACCGUGAACCUGGACCAAGAGGAGGUUUUCAGGACCAAAAUCGUGGAGAAAUCCCUCUGCCCCUUCUAUGGAGAAGACUUCUACUGUGAAAUUCCGCGGAGUUUUCGUCACCUGUCCUUUUACAUCUUCGAUAGAGACGUUUUCCGCAGGGACUCCAUCAUAGGGAAGGUGGCCAUUCAGAAGGAAGACCUGCAGAAGUACCAUAACAGGGACACCUGGUUCCAGCUGCAGCACGUCGACGCUGACUCAGAAGUUCAGGGCAAGGUCCACCUGGAGCUGAGGCUGAGUGAAGUCAUCACCGACACGGGUGUCGUCUGCCACAAGCUGGCCGCGCGCAUCCUCGAGUGCCAAGGCCUCCCCAUCGUGAAUGGGCAGUGCGACCCUUAUGCCACUGUGACACUAGCAGGACCAUACAGAUCGGAAGCAAAGAAGACGAAAGUGAAAAAGAAGACCAACAACCCUCAGUUUGACGAGGUGUUUUACUUUGAGGUGACCAGGCCCUGCAGCUACAGCCGAAAGUCCCACUUCGACUUUGAGGAGGAGGAUGUGGACAAACUUGAAAUCCGGGUUGACCUCUGGAACGCCAGUAACUUGAAAUUUGGGGACGAGUUUCUGGGAGAACUAAGGAUUCCGCUGAAAGUGCUGCGGCAGUCCAGCUCCUACGAAGCGUGGUACUUCCUGCAGCCCCGAGACAACUGCAGUAAGAGCCUGAAGCCUGGGGACCUGGGAUCCCUGCGGCUGAACGUGGUUUACACAGAAGACCACGUCUUCUCCUCCGACUACUACAGCCCACUGCGGGACCUGCUGCUGAAGUCUGCGGACGUGGAGCCCGUCUCGGCGUCCACGGCUCACAUCCUGGGCGAGGUGUGCAGAGAAAAGCAGGAGGCGGCCAUCCCGCUGGUGCGACUCUUCCUGCACUAUGGCCGGGUGGUGCCCUUCAUCAGCGCCAUCGCCAACGCCGAGGUCCGGAGGACGCAGGACCCCAACACCAUUUUCCGAGGAAACUCGUUGACAUCCAAGUGCAUUGACGAGACGAUGAAGCUGGCGGGGAUGCACUACCUGCACGUCACCCUGAAGCCCACCAUCGAGGAGAUAUGCCAGAGCCACAAACCCUGCGAAAUCGACCCCGUGAAGCUGAAAGAUGGUGAAAACCUUGAAAACAACAUGGAGAACCUGCGGCAGUACGUCGACCGCAUCUUCAACGUCAUCACCAAGUCGGGGGUGAGCUGCCCGACGGUCAUGUGUGACAUUUUCUUUUCCCUCCGAGAGGCGGCUGCCAAGCGCUUCCAGGAUGACCUGGACGUGAGGUACACGGCGGUGAGCAGCUUCAUUUUCCUGAGGUUCUUUGCGCCUGCCAUCCUGUCCCCCAACCUCUUCCAGCUCACGCCUCACCACACAGACCCACAGACGUCUAGGACACUGACGCUUAUCUCAAAGACUAUUCAGACGCUUGGCAGCUUAUCCAAGUCAAAGUCUGCCAGCUUUAAGGAAUCCUACAUGGCUGCAUUUUACGAAUUCUUCAAUGAGCAGAAAUAUGCUGAUGCUGUAAAAAACUUCUUAGAUUUGAUCUCCUCCUCUGGGAGAAGGGACCCCAAGAGCGUGGAGCAGCCCAUCCUGCUCAAGGAAGGGUUCAUGAUUAAGAGGGCACAAGGACGAAAACGCUUUGGGAUGAAGAAUUUUAAGAAAAGGUGGUUCCGCUUGACAAAUCAUGAAUUCACCUACCAGAAAAGCAAAGGAGACCAGCCCCUCUACAGCAUUCCCAUCGAGAACAUUCUGGCCGUGGAGAAACUGGAGGAGGAGUCCUUCAAGAUGAAGAACAUGUUCCAGGUCAUCCAGCCAGAGCGGGCGCUAUACAUCCAGGCCAACAACUGCGUGGAGGCCAAGGCCUGGAUCGACAUCCUCACCAAAGUGAGCCAGUGCAACCAGAAGCGCCUCACCGUCUACCACCCCUCCGCCUACCUCAACGGCCACUGGCUGUGCUGCAGGGCCUCCUCGGACACGGCCCCCGGCUGCUCCCCGUGCACCGGCGGCCUCCCGGCAAACAUCCAGCUGGACAUCGACGGGGACCGAGAGACGGAGCGCAUCUACUCCCUGUUCAACUUGUACAUGAGCAAACUGGAGAAGAUGCAAGAGGCCUGCGGGAGCAGAUCUGUGUAUGACGGCCCGGAGCAAGAGGAGUACUUGACCUUCAUCAUCGAUGACCCCCAGGAGACCUACAAGACACUGAAGCAGGUCAUUGCCAGGGUCGGGGCCUUGGAGCAGGAGCACGCCCAGUACAAAAGGGACAAGUUCAAGAAGACCAAGUAUGGGAGCCAGGAACACCCCAUCGGAGAUAAGAGUUUUCAAAGCUACAUCAGGCAGCAGUCAGAGGUCUCCACCCAUUCCAUUUAAAGCCUGGAGGACGUCCUGCCCAGGAGGGCGCUGUGAGCUGUACCAGGAACCCCACAGUCUUUGCGAAGGAGGGAGACCGACUAGAAGGCAGAGUGAGGAAGCAAAGGGAUCCACAUUCCUUGCUCGCGUAGAGGACAAGCGUCAAGCUCACGGAACUCCUGAGACUCUCCGGGCUGUUCCCGUGGUUGCCACGCACUUUAUUCACGCUGCUGGGCCGGUGCCCUGAGCUGGCCUUUCUGGACCGGGUGCAGGACGCCUUGCGCCCCGCAGGAGCGCUUCCGUCUCCUGUGCACUGCUGCCUCACUGGCCUCCGCGGUGCCUGCCAGGAGCCUGCCUCCGCGCAGCCCUGCAGCCGCGCAGCCGGAGGUUCAAGCAUUAUUCUUCUCCUAUGAGCCUGCUGUCCCAGCGCCGCGGCAGGCGGCUCCUGGUUUCAGCUUUUGAUGUUGGUGAUGUUCCUGGCUAGAGGGUCAGUUUUGUGGUCAGGAUGUGCAGAACUGCACAGAGAUCCCAAUUUGAGGAUGCUCUUGAUAUUUGGGGGAUACAGGGUUUUUCUGCAGAGAGUUCCUGGGGGGAGGGGCUCCAGACUUCUCUCCUGAAGGCCAGAGUCCCUCUCUGCUGUCUGCUGAGACAGCCCACAGCCCGCAGACGCCCCUGGGCUGCUGAGAGGCGGAGCUGGUGUCCGCCAGGCCCCACUUCAAGCACCAGUUGUGUUGUUGUGCUGUCAGUGGGGCUUAAAAGUAGAAGUUUGGGGGAUAUUUUGAAAAUAGAAAUGUGCGUUAUUUUCAAACUGAUUUUCUUAACGUUUUUAAUUCGCUCUUUGAUAUGAAAUAACUCGGAUCAUCCAAACCUGGACUCAUUGAAGGGGAGGGUGCCACCGCAGGGCCAAGAAGGGAAUGGGAGCUAGUUACACAGGAAACGGAGCGAGGGGAGAAAUCCUGAACUUGAAAUGGGAGGCACUGGGCUGUGCAGACGCCCCCUGAGCCCCGGAGGUGAUAUUGCACGGUGUUUCUGAGAAGCCCCUAGAAGCAGCGGUGGGGGCUGCUUUCCAUUGGCGGGGGUGGGGUUGGAACGCCAGGGGAGCUGUUGGCUGACUUUGCCCAGACAGUCCUCACAGCGGCAGGCAGCGGCUUUGGAAAGCACUGUUCAAACACAGGACCACGUGCCCUUGUGCCAUCUCCGUUCUGUUUGCAAGUUCUGUCCUUCAAGCUCCAUCUAGAUGCCAGAUAAUAACGUAACUUGUCACAAAAAAGGGGGAGAAAAAUCCUGCAAAAAACAAACUUUGGCUGCACCGAACUGCGAUUUUUAACAUGGAUUUGUAACUGAAUGUUUCCGUUUAUAAGAUACUAAUGAUUUGUGAAGUAUUUUACCUUCCAAUUAAACAGACCUUUUAUUCUU